ACCGAGUGUCUGGUAGAACGUUCGCGGCCUGGGUCACGUGGCGCGCAGUCCCGGCACAGAAGCGGUUUGGAUGUCGUGUGUGAAAAGUCGGUGUUCCCGGACGUUUCUCUGUGCAUGUGCAGAGUGCGUUUGGUUCACAUUUCCGUCUCCAACUCGUGCCUGUAAGGGAAAGAGAGUGCCGUCUUCCACCGGGCUCAGCAAGAUGCAUCUAUCGUGGUUUAUGGCCUUUACCCUAUUAGGGUUCGCUAUCUGUGUGCCUAUCGAACGGCCCAAAGAGAAACAAGAGGCUGCUCCAGAACCACCAGACACCGGCUUGUAUUAUCACCGCUACCUCCAAGAAGUCAUCAAUGUGUUGGAAACCGAUGGGCAUUUCCGGGAAAAGCUGCAAGCAGCCAAUGCCGAGGACAUCAAGAGUGGAAAACUCAGCAAAGAGCUGGAUUUUGUGGGUCACAGUGUCCGCACGAAGUUAGAUGAACUGAAGAGACAGGAGGUGUCCCGGCUCCGAAUGCUCCUGAAAGCCAAAAUGGAUGCCACUAUGGAACAAGAUGUCCAGGUUGAUCACCUGGCUUUAUUGAAGCAGUUUGAACAUCUGGAUUCGCAAAACCAGCACACAUUUGAAGCCCGAGAUUUGGAGCUGCUCAUUAAAGCUGCUACCAAGGACCUGGAGAAUUAUGAUGCAGCUCACCAUGAAGAAUUCAAACGGUAUGAGAUGAUGAAGGAGCAUGAGCGUCGGGAAUAUCUGAAGUCUCUGGAUGAAGAGAAGCGUCGUGAGGAAGAAGCACAUUUUGAAGAACUCAAGAAGAAGCACAAGGAGCACCCCAAAGUCAAUGUCCCGGGCAGCCGUGAUCAGCUCAAAGAGGUCUGGCAGGAGACGGAUGGUUUGGACCCCAAUGAAUUUAACCCCAAGACGUUCUUCAAGCUUCAUGACACCAACGGUGAUGGGGUGCUGGAUGAGCAGGAAUUGGAAGCACUUUUCACUAAGGAGCUGGAGAAGGUUUACGAUCCCCGAAAUGAGGAGGAUGAUAUGUUGGAAAUGGAGGAAGAACGGCUGCGCAUGCGGGAACAUGUCAUGAAGAAUGUGGAUCUUAAUAAGGAUCGGCUGGUGACCCUGGAUGAGUUUGUUAAAUCCACUCAGAGGAAGGAAUUCAAUGAAGCUGAUGGAUGGGAGACAGUAGAAGAAACUCAGAUCUACUCAGAGGCAGAGCUCCAGCGAUUUGAGGCAGAGCUUAAGGCUCAGGAGGAGGAGUUAAGCCGACGAGCAGAGCAACUUCACCAGGAACACAAAGAGCUCCAGCAGCGGCAGGUGGAACUUGAUGCUCAGAAGAAGGAGUAUCAACAGGUUGUGCUUCAAAUGGAACAGAGAAAAUCUCAACAACUUGAUCAAGCAUCCCAGGUUGGUCCUGGGGGAGAAUUGAAGUUCCAGGCACAGCCGCCUCAUGCGGCCCCAGCAGAUCAUGCUUCUCCUCCUGAGUCCCAGCCAGGAGCUGCCGGAGUACCAGAGCAUGCUUCUCAGAAAGACCAAACAGAAGCUCUUCAGAACCAAGCACACCCAGAGGUUGCUGUCCAAUAGAACACAGCUAUGUGUGCACAGAGGGGGUCCUGUAUAUUCUUCUUUUUUCAUUGUCAGGGCAUUUAAAUCAAACUUCACCCUAGGACUGUGGAGGAGGGAUUGUGCAAGGCAAAGUUUACAAGAGGAGAAUGCUUACUAAUUGUCCUUUGCACCCAAUCCUCCAUUUAUUCCAAGCAAGCAAACGUUUUUACCAAACAGACAACUCUCUUGGGGAUACCUUAGCAAAGGGAAAUAAUCAAGGGAGGAAAUAGGAAUGGCUUUUCCAUUCAAAAGCAGGCAAAAGAGAAGGAAGUAACGGUUAGACAGCCUGACAUUCUUGGGUAAUUUUAUCUUAAAAUUUAAGAAAUGUUUAUGGGUAAAUAAAAGGGAAGAUAAGGGAAUGAGUAUAAUGCCUCAUAAAUAGAGUAUUGUGCUUUGUCCUCUUUCCUCUUUAUCCACAAUUUGUUCCAGAAGUUCCCAGAAGUUCAAUGUUGAGAGCUGCUGGGUUUUGUUUUAAAACAGUUUGGUUCCCAUUUAUUUAAUAAAUUGAACCCCUUGAAGUCUUUUCUGCAUUUUUUCACUCACUGCACCAUCUUCCCUUUGCAUAUGACAUGGUUUCAGCAUCUGUAUACUUGGCAGAAAUUUUUUGCAGUUGUGUCAGAAGCACUGAGGCACUUCCCAGAUGAAAGAAUUAGCCAGUGACAUCACCGUUGCCCUGGGGACUCCUUGGGGGUUCCUUUCCUGUCCCUGGCAGGACAAGAGCUCAACCCCACACCAUGGCAACUCUUGGGUCUCAAACACGGGCUUGCUAACCUCCUGCCCAGCGUUCCAACUACUUGAGCCACUGUGCUCCUUACUUGGCAGUAUGUCUUACCAAGUAUGUAAAAUUACUCCAUCGUAUGAAAAAGAGCAUUUUGAGUGAAUGGUCACUGACAUUUUAUUUUUGCCACAACUUCCUUUAGUUUGGAAGACAAAAAUAAUUAAAAAGAGCACAUUUCUUCCUAUCUUGGCUUCUGUAAUACUUUGCCCAUCUUUGACUUACAACUACAGUUGGGUCUGGAAUAGUGCAGUCAAGUGAGUUGCACAUUUUUGCUGAGUUUGUAAGCGAAUCACCAUGAUCAUUAAAUGAAUCUGGCUUUCCCCCCAUUGACUUUUUUUGUUGGAGGCCUCCGGGAAGAUCGUAAAUGGCGAUCACCGGACCUUGGGACGCUGCCACUAUUGUAAAUACAUGCCAAUUGCCAAGUAUCCAACUUUUGAUGAUAUUGCCGCAGGGACACUGCAGUGAUUGUAAGUGUGAGGACUUAUAUGUAAGUAUAGGUGUUGUUUGAAAGUUACUUAUUUGGGUGAGUACUGGAAAUUAAAAUCCACACACCUUCAAGUCGCCAUGGUCAAGAUACACUGUUCUAGCUCAUAUUCCCUGGGGCUUUCUUUUUGAAAUACUAGCCAGGGGUAAUUGGCUUUGCUUCCCUACAAACUAGACCAUGUUUUGCUACUUGCUAAGAUCCCUAGAGGAGGUGCAGUACUCCAUAAUCACCUACAGCAAGGUUGUCAAACUUGCAUCAUCACGGCAGUGUCAUGUGACAUAUCGGGACUUUUUCCCCCUUUGCUAAACUGGGUAUGGGUGUGGCCAACACGUGAUGCAUCUGUCCCGCAGUCCGUGAGUUUGACAGCCCUGACCUACAAGCUCUGGAAAAAAAGGGCCAAUAGCUGCCCAACAAUCUCAUCCUGAUAUUGGAUGGAGUUUGAAUCAGCUGUGAAUCACAGGAGCCUGUGAUACUGUACUAUAUGAAUAAGUUCUUGGCUGUCCUUUUCACAGGCAGCUCCUCCCAAAGGAAGGAAGAUGAAUUUCGUGGGAGUAACCGAGAGCAAUGAACUCCUUUCCCGAGUUGUACAGGGAGUGCAGCAUUCCCAGGACACCUACAUCAUUCUAAUGCCCUAAAAAGCUUGUACAUGCUUGCUUUAAGUACGGUCCCUACCCUAGAGUUUCCCAUCUCUGAUUGCACAAGUUUAAACAGCCACUAGGUGGUGGUAGGAAAGAUGUAAAGAAAAAGGAGCUUUUUGCUGACAUCUAGCUGUUGUCCUGAUUUGUGCAGCCCAGAUAUGCAAGGCCUAGCUUUUGACACAUGGAAAGUACAGAAAUGAUCCAGGAGAAAUAAUUAGGCAAUGUACGAGAGAGAAAUUAAAAACCCUACCUGCUUUGCUAUGUUGAUUGAACUUUGAACCUGUGGAAUGUCUUCAAGAUUAGUAGGAGGAAAUUCACCUCUGAUCCUGGAACUUAUUUUACUGAUUCUAGUUAUUCAACUGGGCUUUUAAGUGGUAUAAACCAUUGCAAAUUUUAAAUACAGUCAUACCUUGGCGCACAACUGCUUCAAAACUUGUUGAAUUUGGUAUUCAUUUUAAAGCAGAAAUCUUGUUUUAUACUUUUUUUCUCCCUGUAGUUGAUAUGCAAGGAAGAACUUGCUAACAUUGGCUGCCUCGUGACUUGCUGUUUUUUCUGGCCAAAACAGCAUGUGGUUUCUUGGUACUUGUCAGUUUUAGUAUUUGUCCCAUCUUCCAGAAUGAAUUACUGAUGAGGAGCGAGGUACCACUGUAAAUGACCUUGGCUUUUUAAAAAAUAACAUUGAAAAAAAACAUUCAUAUAAUUUAAGCUUUGGUUGUGAAACUUUUAGAGUUAAUAUUAUAGUUUAUAAUAAUACCUGAAAAUAGAAAUAAAACGAUUUGUGGCAAAAAAAAAAAAAGCUAAGAUAGUGAUAAGUGCCUUAGGUGCAAUCCCAAAUUAUUUGGAGCAUCAUUUGAACACCAUCAGCAUUGACAAAAUCGCCAAUUGUAAAAAGCAGCUUUACUUGGAAAAGGGUUACAUCCUGUGACAAUACAGGUAGUCUUCAACUUAUGGCUAUUUGUUUAAUGUCUGUUUGAAGUUACAGUGGCAUUGAAAAAAGGGACAUGAUCUUUUUUCCACAUUUACAAGAAUUACAGCAUUCUCAUGGUAUUAUCAAAAUUUGGAUGCUUGGCAACUAGCAUGUAUUUAUGAUGGUUGCAGUGUUCUGGCGUCAUGUGAUAAACUUUUGCAACCUGACAAGCAAGUUCAAUGGGGGAAGCCAGAUUCACUUAACAACCAUGUUACUAACUGCAGUGAUUCCCUUAACAGUGAUGGUAAGAAAGAUUGUAAAAUUGAACUGUCUCACUUAGCAACAGAGAUGGGCUCAAUUGUGGUGGUAAGUUGAAGAUAGCCUGUAUCUCUGAUACUAUCACAUAACUACAUCUGCCUGACCAAGGACUUAGUGAAGAUAUCAAAAGGUUGACUCAGCCUUCCAUCCUUUAUAAGGUAGGUAAAAUGAGGACCCAGAUUGUUGGGGGGGCAAUAAGUUGACUUUGUAAAUAUAUACAAAUAGAAUGAGACUAUUGCCUUAUACACUGUAAGCCGCCCUGAGUCUUCGGAGAAGGGCGGGGUAUAAAUGUAAACAAAAACAAAAACAAAAAAAUAUAUACUUGCCUGCAGAAGUUGUAAAUGCUCCAACACUGGAAUUUUUAAGAAAAUGUUGGAUAGCCAUUUGUCUGAAAUGGUGUAGGGUUUCCUGCCUCGGCAGGGGGUUGGACUAGAAGACCUCCAAGGUCCUUUCCAACUCUGUUGUUAUAUUAUAUUAUAUAUUAUAUAAAAUUGCCAAAUCUAAUCUAAACAUCUGGCUGAUUGACCAACCUUGUUAAUAGUAAAAUUGCCAAAUCUAAUCUAAACAUCUGGCUGAUUGACCAACCUUGUUAAUAGUAAUAUAAAUAUAUUAUUUAAAUAAGCAUGAAGGUAUUUCCAGAAUCCUUCCCAGGGAUCCAUUGGUCACAAUGGUCCCAGACAUUGAGAGAACCUUACUGAACCUCCAGUGAGGUGGCUAUGUCUCUUCCUCCUUUCUCUACACUACUUGCCCAUAGGGCAGCUAAUGUAAUUUCAAACUUAGUUAUGACAUUACGUUACAUCGUCUGCAAAACACUUGCUUAAUUGAAAUAUGUCUUACAACAGUCAUUCCAACAAUCCAGUCAUAGUUAACAACACUUGCUAAAGGAGCUCAACCACAUCUAUUAAUGUAAGAGAGCUGUAGUGAGCCACAGGAAGCUUAUGUUUCAAACUGUAAUUGAUGUAUUAUUUCCCAUAUUUUCACUUAAAUGUUCUGAACUGUAGAAGCCUUACCAUUGGUCACUCACUGAAUCAGACUCAUUAUCUUCCUGGAUUUCCACAGAGCAAACCCUGGUCCAUGCAUGUAGACAUGUACAUGUGUACACACAAAUAUGCCUGCCCCUCUAAGGUACAGUAUAUUGGAAACCAGAGAUGAUACACCUCCACAUGGAACCUACUAAUGACUUAAGAAGUGUAUUAUUCUUUUUGUUGUCACAACCUAUUCAACAACUACUUCUGAGUCAGUGAGAAGAAUUAGAACAUAAGUCAUCUAUUUCCCUCAUGAUUUCUCACGGGGCUUAAGUUAUUCAGAGUAAGGAAGAAAUGGAGCCACUUGAAAAUGUAGACUCAACCUCCUUUUGAACCCAUAUUCCAUAGAUUCUUUAACAAGAGUUUAAAUCAGUGACUGUGGUUAUGUUGCGAAUGGAUCAACUUGGAUUGGGUUUAUACAUAAUUUCCACAACGCAAGUAAAUGAAAUGUGAUAUUAGCCCCAGAGAACAGAAUGUACAUAAUGUGGAUGCCUGUUGGUUCUCUGUGAUGGUAUGAAGUGUUGUGAAAGAAAUUUAAAUCAGGAAAAUAAAUUAGGUGUUGAAUGAAGAAUUCCUUCAAGAAAGAAAAACCUCUCCCAUCAAAUAAGUGGGCUAACUAGAGAAGUGAAUGAAUAUAUUAUGCCAGAUCACAUCAACCCUUGUCUUAAUAAGGUUUCACACAGUGAGGGGAAACUAGGGAGACGAUGAGUUCUAGUCCUACCGUAGGCAUGAAAGCCAGGUGGGUGACUUUGGACCAGUCACUCAACCCAUCUCAUAGAGUUGUGGGGAAAAUAAGAGAAAACAGGAGUAUUAGGUAUGUUUGACAUUUUGAGUUAUUUAUAAAAAUAAUAAAGGUAAGAUUUAAAAAAUCUUACAUUGUUGCUUAGAAGUUACAUUAAACAAAUCUUCCCCCAUAAUAGUAAUCUCUUGAAGUGUUGUCAUUUCAUACUAUACCCUCUUUAUCUUUACCCUAAUAUUGAUGGGAAGUGUAUUUCAACCUUGGCUGCUUGAAGAUGGGUGGACUUCAACUCCAAGCCGCAGGCUGGGGAAUUCUGGGAGUUGAAGUCCACCCAUCUUCAAGCGGCCAAGAUUGAGAAACACUGCUGUUGGGAGUUAAUAGUCCAACACAUUUGGAGGGUCUCAGAAGAAAACAAGUUGAAUGAAAUCAUGCUUGUAUUCAAGCCUCUUAAUUCUAUUUUGUGCUGCUUAUUGUAGGAGUGGAAAAAUUCUUACAAUAAUAACACAAAAUUUAAACCGGAAGUAUUUCCAAAUGCUGUCAGAAAGGUAAUGAGGUGUAUGUAAUCUGUUGUAAGGAACAAAGGGUUUGUCAACAAGCACGCAUGGCUUUCAUAUGUUUCUGCUUAAUUAUAUGGAAUAAGACCGGCAAUGUCAGAAAAAACAAAAAUAAGUUGAAGGACAUGGGAAUGAGUUGUAUGAUGGUAUACGAAGAAAAAGAGUCAUGAAUGAAUAUGCACCAAAUCUGAAAAAACAAUUGUUACCAAACUGCCUUCCAUUGAAGACCUGUAUACUGCACGAGUCAAAAAGAGGGCUGUGAAAAUAUUUACAGACACCCUCACAUCCUGGACAUAAACUGUUUCAACUCCUACCCUCAAAACAACGCUAUAGAGCACUGCACACCAGAAUGACUAGACACAGGAACAGAGUUUUCCUGAACACCAUCACUCUGCUUAACAAAUAAUUCCCUCAACACUGUCAAAACUAUUUACUAAAUCUGCACUACUAUUAAUCUCAUCGUUCCCAUCACCCAUCUCCUUCUCCUUAUGACUAUGAUUGUAACUUUGUUGCUUGUAUCCUUACAAUUUAUAUUGAUAUUGUUUCCUGAUUUGUACCCUAUGACUAUCAUUAAGUAUUGUACCUUAUGAUUCUUGAUGAACGUAUCUUUUCCUUUAUGUAUACUGAGAGCAUAUGCACCAAGACAAAUUCCUUGUAUGUGCAAUCACACUUGGCCAAUAAAAAUUCUGUUCUGUUCUG